GGUUGCUUUAAAACUCCUAAGUUUGGCGGGUUUCCCUGUUUUCAUUAGAUUGUCUAGUCACAAUAUAUGGUUAGGCACUUGAUCUGAUUUUUUUUGACCACAUAACGCUUUCAUGUGCAUGGAGUGGAGUUAUUCUGAGGCUCAUUAAAGUCGUUUUGUUUGUCUUAUAUUUUCAGGCUAAAACUGUUACUUGGCUGACCUAAUUUGUUAUGUUCUUACUAACAAAUCUGUUUCCUCUUUGGAUUUGUCUGACAAAUUUGUAUUCCAGACAUUUUAACUGUCCGAAUAUCGUUUUCUAGCCCAUCAUGUUCUUCAACUUCCUCGGCUUUUUGAUUUUCUCUAAUUACAUCGUUCUGGGUCACUCUUUGUAUUCAGUAGCUUUUGAGUGUGGUAAACCGGCCAUUUAUUUAAACAAUGAGUUUUGGGUGACGGAUUUUACUCAGGAUUGCCUUGAGGAUGAAUUGUCGAUCUUGAAUUAUUGUAAGAAAGUAUACAGAGAAAGAAACAUAACCGCAGUCGUCGCCUCUCCUCCUAUUGACGUGGUACUGUCAGAUUGGUGUGAGUUCGAACAUAGAAAACUUGCAAAGUGUCAAAAAGUCGAUGGUGAACGACAUGAGAUUAGGCCAUUUAUAUGCCUUGAUAAUAUCCCGAUGUCCAAAUUGUUUACUCCUGUUGGUUGUCAGUUAAGCAGCCUUGAUAAUGAUCGGAGUUACGUCUGUGAAAACUACAAGUUCUGGGAGAAUUCCACCCGAGAAGCUUGCCUGAGACGCAACAUGCGAUUUCAGAGCUAUCUACCAUUCAAACCUUGUAUCAGAGAAAAGGACUUUGGUUCUAUGUAUUUUGCGGCUGCUAAAGUAGUGUGUUGUGAAAAUCUUGACUCUGAAUUUACAAAUUCUGCUGUCGUUAUGAAACCACUUACCAACCUUGGAAACAAGACCAGUUCAAUGUCCCAUAAACUCAAUCGCUUGGGUAAUAAAUUAACUUCCACCGAGAAUGAUGCCUGGGAUAGUGACAAAACUGUCACUAAUUAUUUGUCAUCCGCGAAACAAAAUUCUUCUUCUGGUUUAUUAAUACCUGAGCGUGAACGUUAUAGUCAAGCUAAAUUAGCAUUGAGUAAUGACUUACACAAACGGGAAAAAGUGCUAGAGCAAGAAUUUUCAAGUGAAGAAUCACUGAUUUCACCUGAAGACUGGCUGAACGAACCAGUUAAAAGUCAGCUCGAGGAGGACAGUUUAGUUCAAGAGUUUUGGAGUAAAUUUAUUAAAUUGGAAAAUCAGUCGGAACGAGAUCGGGAGACUUUGGAAACAAUUCAUCAUCAGAGAAUUGAAGCCCAAAUGCUUGAACGCAGAAAUGCAAUGCAGAAUGCAUGGGAAAAGGCUGUGAAUAUUAAAAAUCCAAAUAAUUUCACACUGUUUGAAACGCUAAAGCGUUUAUUCCGAGUUGUUGAACAUGACCGCAGUCACUAUGUUAAACGAUUCGAACAUUUACGCAAUAUGGAGCUACCUGAAGCUGCUCAACAAUUAGCAUCUAUUAAGGACAGAUUGGUUGAACUUGAUAUUUUGCUUAAUAAAAGUUUGGAAAAAAUAAAUCUGCAUCCAGAACUAAACUCAUCUUUGUUAACUUAUGCAAAUUAUCUUCGAAAUAACAAAUAUCGCAAAUUGGAAGCUCAGUCAAAAGCUGUUUUAUUCGCCGAUAUUACCUUACCAGAUAUGAUUAAACUGCCUACAUUUCAAGAACAGGCAUCAUUAAAAGCUGAAAAGAUUAUAGCCAAACAUCGUCAUCAUCUAGAACCGUUAUAUUUAGACAAGCUGACGACCAACAAAUCGAACAAAAGUUGGAUUAAGCCACCUAAGAGACAAAAAAUGUUGGCAGAUCAUCUUUUUGGAGGCAAUCAAAAUAAAAGUAAACUAUUGAAAUUACCAAGAAUAUAUUUAUACUAUCAUUUUAAAAUUUAUCGUUUCUUCUAAAAUAUUAAUAAUAUGCGAAAUAUCUAUUCGUCUAUAAUUUUGUAUUAAUUUUUAGAUAUUUUGUUUCCUAUUUAUUUGUUAUCUUAUUAAGUAUUUCGAUUUCUGUGAAACAAAUCACUGAUAUGUGAUCUUUGGUAUUAGGUGAUUUCAUCUCUUUUGGGAGAUGAGGUACACAGUACUUGUGUUGACUGAACAAUUGUGAUUGACAUUCUGAACAGUCUCCUAUCUAGAUGUUAUUCUAAGCCUGUUUAAUAUGAUUUGAUUAUAUAACAAUGUGUGACUGUAAAAGAACUGGAUGAACAUUUAUCUAUAUUACAAAAUAUUCUAUCCAUGUAGUUUGUUAUAAUACUUAACUAACAAAUUCAGAGCUUGAUUCACUUAUCUUUCGUCUUCGGUCAGUCAGUCAGUAACAACGUAGAACUUCGUACGUAUGCACAUCAGUUCGAGUUGCCACACCACAUUAGCACAGAGAUGCAGUGGUCGAUUCAAAUCCCAUAGUGGUAAAGGUAGUAAAAGUAUAAGUAGUAAUCGGGAAAAUUAGUGUUUGGAGAUGUUAUUUAAAUAGUAUAAUACGGUGAAAUAAAUUUGGGAAGAGAAAAAAAGAGACAAGGAGGAAUAAGGAGAUCAAAAUUUGGGAGAACACAAAGAGUGUAUGCACCUGCGCCAUUGCAAACGAUUUUGAGCCAUGUCAUUUAGGGUCUCUAACCAUCGGUUGCUAUCAUCUAGUGAUCCCCAACCAGGUAGUCUACACCUAUCAACAUGACUCAGUCCACUUAUCAGUGACUUCAUGAACUUGUGCCAUGUUUUGGUCUGGCCGCCCCUAGCUUUCUUCCAACCUAUUCCUAUACCACUGGACAUCUCAUAUCGAGGCAGUCGGUCGUUGGGCAUACGUAACACAUGUCCCAGACAUCUCAACUGAUGAAGUUUCACUACGUCAUCAAUUGAUUUGCCAUCCUUACCUAGUACCCGUUUCCUAACAACUGUGUUACUUACUCGAUGGUCCCAGGAUAUGCGAGCAAUAUUUCGAAGACACCUACGGAUAUCCUCUACUCUUACCGGCCAUGUUAGUCGUGAUUCAGUUGUAAAGUUUCUUGGACUGACUGUCGUUGGAGCCAACAGGUUCCCAUUUUCUUCACCAAUCAUCAUUCUUCCUAAAAGCAUGUUCACAUUUAGUGACAUUGUGUGAGUAAUGUAGUGGCGUUACUUUUGUUUGUACAUGAUUAAGUAAAUGUUAGUACCCGUGCAACUGUGCAAAUUGUAGCUGGUCAGUUCUUGUAUAUGUUCGCUCAUUUUAUUUGUUACAUCCCUCAUUAUACCUCAUUGAAUGGGUUGGUAGAUAGUUUACCUAUUUACUGAAUAAUUACUUCAGACGAUUAAGAUCCAGGUAUCCAUUUUGAGAUGAAUUAUAGACGUUUUCAGUGUUUAUUAUUAAUAUGAAGUCAAAAUUUAAAAAAACUCUACUGACGUACUUUUUUAUCCUUAUUUUCUCAUGAUUUAUUUAUUUAAGAAUUUUCUAAUUCUCAUCAAAUGAAAACAACUACAAUUAUUCCAACAGUUUACAACUUAGUCGCAUUUAAUGGGAUCACCGGGUAAGUAAUAAUGAGGUUAGACGCAGAAUAUUAGAGAAUCAUGGUAAAUCAGUUGGUGAGGUUGUGAAUCUUCAUCGACUGAGAUGGUUGGGCCGCGUGUUACUUAUGCCUGAAAACCGAUUACCACGACGCGCCAGGCUGACUAGUGAUGGAGAUAGUUAGAAGAAAGUUAGGGGCGGCCAAACCAAAACGUAACAUCAGUGCUUGAAGUCACUAACUUCUGGUUUUCGCCAUGUUGGUAGAUGCAGACUACUUGGUUGGGGUCCGCGUGACUAUCGUAAUCAAUGGCUUGAAGAUAAUAGGAAAUCAUAAGUUUAAAAUGGUUAAUACAUGAGAAAUAUGAGAGUUACUUUACAUGUAGUUAAUUUAG